AUGAUUCUUCCAUUACAGCGACUCGGUCUGUUCGCUGCCCUCCUCGGGCUCUACCUCGCCUCACUCGGUGCCGUCAACGCUGUCGACAUUCCGUCUGACGCUUCACUCACUUCUUUGAUCGCGUCCGGGAAGGCUGCACGUGCUCGAGGAGCCAACAGUGAGGCUCUUGCAUACUUCGACGCUGCCGUCUCCAAGGACUCGUCCGAUUACCUCACGCUCUUCCAACGAGGAAUUACCUAUUUGUCUCUGGGAAGGAAUCAGCAAGCAAGCGCAGACUUUGAUAAUGUGUUAAAAAUAAAACCCGGGUUUGAAGGAGCUUUGUUGCAGAGGGCGAAGAUCAGGGCGAAGAAUGCAGACUGGGCUGCGGCGCGGGAAGAUUAUGUUGCAUUAGGGAACCGAGCGGCGGCAGACUUGGCCCAACUUGAGGAGGCAGAGGGUGCUGCCUAUCUUGCAGUGGAAGCGGAGAAGAAGCAAGAUUGGGAAGCAUGUAUCAACCAAGCAGGCAUUGCCAUCAUGACAGCAGGUACGGCCUUGUCAUUGCGACAACUACGUGCUCGAUGUCGAUUUGAGCGUGGCGAGGUGCAAGAAGGUAUCAGCGAUCUCCAACACGUCCUCCAAAUCCAUCCGGGCCUGGUGGAACCACACCUACAAAUUUCGGCCAUGUUGUUCUACAGUCUGGGCGAUACGAAGCUGGGCAUGGACCAGAUCAAGAAAUGCUUGCACUCCGAUCCGGACUCGAAGCCCUGCAAAUCUCUCUUCAGGGAGGAGAAGAGUAUUUUGAAGCAAGUCGAUCAGGUUCAGUCUCUUUUCGACAAACGACAGUUCAAUUCUGGGAGCAAGGUGCUGGUUGGCAAGGGCACCGAGGAUGACCCUGGGCUUCUCGCCGAGCUUCAGUCUCACGUCGAGGCUCACCGUGCACGGGGCAUUAUUCAUGCAAAAGCCCCGUCGGACCUCUACGCGAACAUGCUGGAGAAGACCUGCGAGGCGUUUAUGUCGAUGAACAACAUGGACAAGGCCGGCAAGUUCUGUUCCGAAUUGCUCACCUUGAGACCCGAAUCUCUUCAGGGGCUGUUGUACCAAGCGCAGAAACACAUGGACGCCGAAAAUUUCGACGCUGCAAUUUCGACUCUCAACACAGCUCGGGACAAUCACCCUGACGCUCAGGGGACCAUCAACACCAAAUUGCACGAAGCGCAGGUUGCCUUGAAGCGGAGUAAAACCAAAGACUAUUACAAGGUUCUAGGCGUCUCUCGUGAUGCUGACGAAGCCACCAUCAAGAAGGCCUACCGCACGGCGACUAAAAUGUACCACCCGGACAAGGCCGCUGCGAGAGGGAUAUCCAAAGAGGAAGCGGAGAAGAAAAUGACGUCGAUCAAUGAGGCCUACGAGGUCCUCAGCGACCCCGAAUUGAAGGCCAAAUUCGACAAUGGAGAGGACCCUAAUGACCCGAUGGCCAACCAGGGUGGCAACCCCUUCCAAGGUAGCCCAUUUGGCGCAGGAGGCCAGCAGUUUUUCUUCCAACAAGGAUCCCCCGGCGGCGGCGGACAGAGGCAGUUCAAGUUCUCGACUGGUGGCGGAGGAUUUCCUGGAGGAAAUCCCUUUGCAGGCUUUCCAGGUUUCGGAUAG